AACUCGCCAUCGAUAUCAAUACGUGGACGCAUCAACAAUGAAUCACAAAGGUUUCAAUCGAUAAAAUCUGGAAAUGCUGGAGUCGCUAUAGUGCAGCUAGAUGUUCAAUUGAAACACCAGUCGUUGACCAGGCUCGUAGCCAACAACAAACAAGAUCAUGUCGCAGAUCUUCUUCUGUACGAUUUACGAUGGCAAUGCCACUUUUGUUUACAAGUGUAAAGCCGAUUCGGAGUUGUGUUGCGGACGGGGAUGCUGCCCGAUGAUUUCAUCAAGCAAUUCCAUCUGGUCACAGUGGUACUUUUGGUUCGGGAUCGCCAUCUUCGCCAUUUUAGUGAUAGGCAUCUUAUUGACUCUGACGUCAAACAGCUGUCGUCCCCAUCCAAUCUACACAGAAAACAUUGGCCAUGAGGCCGCUCCUUCGCGCUACGGUAUUCGUCACAUUCUCGGAGUGCAACAGUCCAGGGUAACUAACGUUGCGCCCACUGGUGUCGUGUGCGGACCAACGGGACUGAUCCAGCCCGCUGCGGUCCAGUCUAAAUUCAGUUUACAAAACAGCGCUAAUAAUAGAGAAAGCGUUGGAUUAGCUCCACUCAGGCCGCCUUACCCUCUUCAGUUGAACGCUAGGCGUUUUGAUCACUCCCUAGUUACCGACGACCUCGUCUAAACAAAUUAACUGUGAAAC